CGGGACGGGCGACAGCGGCGGCGGCGGGAGAGGAGCGCGCCGAAGCGGGUGGCCGCCGCCAUGGCCACUGUGGACCUGGAGAAGCUGCGGACGUCGGGGGCCGGCAAGGCCAUCGGCGUGCUGACCAGCGGCGGCGACGCGCAAGGCAUGAACGCUGCCGUCAGGGCUGUGACUCGAAUGGGCAUCUACGUGGGCGCCAAAGUCUUCCUCAUCUAUGAGGGCUACGAGGGCCUCGUGGAAGGAGGCGAGAACAUCAAGCCGGCGACGUGGCUCAGUGUCUCCAACAUCAUCCAGCUGGGCGGCACCAUCAUCGGCAGUGCCCGCUGCAAGGCCUUCACCACGCGGGAGGGCCGCCUGGCGGCCGCCGCCAACCUACUACAGCACGGCAUCACCAACCUGUGCGUGAUCGGCGGGGACGGCAGCCUCACGGGCGCCAACAUCUUCCGCAAGGAGUGGGGCGGGCUGCUGGAGGAGCUGGUGGCUGCAGGCAGGGUCUCGGCGAGCACGGCGCAGACCCACGCCCACCUGAGCAUCGCGGGGCUGGUGGGCUCCAUCGACAAUGACUUCUGUGGCACUGACAUGACCAUCGGCACGGACUCGGCCCUGCACCGCAUCAUGGAGGUCAUCGACGCCAUCACCACCACCGCGCAGAGCCACCAGAGGACCUUUGUGCUGGAGGUGAUGGGCCGCCACUGCGGGUACCUGGCCCUGGUGUCCGCCCUGGCCUCGGGUGCCGACUGGCUGUUCAUCCCCGAGGCGCCCCCAGAGGACGGCUGGGAGAACUUCAUGUGUGAGAGGCUGGGCGAGACUCGGAGCCGGGGGUCCCGGCUGAACAUCAUCAUCAUCGCGGAGGGCGCCAUCGACCGCCACGGCAAACCCAUCUCUUCCCGCUACGUGAAGGACCUGGUGACACAGAGACUGGGCUUCGACACGCGGGUCACCGUGCUGGGCCACGUGCAGAGGGGAGGAACCCCGUCUGCCUUCGACCGCGUCCUGAGCAGCAAGAUGGGGGUGGAGGCAGUGAUGGCGCUGCUCGAGGCCACUCCUGACACCCCAGCCUGCGUUGUGAGUCUGUCGGGGAACCAGCCAGUGCGGCUGCCGCUCAUGGAGUGUGUGCAGGUGACCAAGGAAGUGCAGAAGGCCAUGGACGAGCUGCGGUUUGAAGAGGCCAUUCAGCUGCGGGGCAGGAGCUUCGAGAACAACUGGAACAUGUACAAGAUGCUGGCGCACCAGAAGCCGGCCAAGGAGAAGUCCAGCUUCGCCCUGGCCAUCCUGAACGUGGGCGCCCCGGCAGCCGGCAUGAACGCGGCCGUGCGCUCGGCCGUGCGUACCGCCAUCUCCCAGGGCCACACUGUGUACGUGGUGCACGACGGCUUCGAGGGCCUGGCGGGGGGACAGAUGCAGGAAGUGUGCUGGCACGACGUGGCCGGCUGGCUGGGGCGUGGCGGCUCCGUCCUGGGGACCAAGAGGACGCUGCCCAAGGCCUUCUUGGAGAAGAUCGUGGCCAACAUCCGCGCGCACAGCAUCCACGCCCUGCUGGUCAUUGGGGGCUUUGAGGCCUACGAGGGGGUGCUGCAGCUGAUGGAGGCGCGCGGCCACUACGAGGAGCUGUGCAUCGUCAUGUGCGUCAUCCCCGCCACCAUCAGCAACAACGUGCCGGGCACCGACUUCAGCCUGGGCUCUGACACGGCUGUCAAUGCCGCCAUGGAGAGCUGUGACCGCAUCAAGCAGUCGGCCUCAGGCACCAAGCGCCGCGUGUUCGUGGUGGAGACCAUGGGUGGCUACUGCGGCUACCUGGCCACCGUGACCGGCAUCGCCGUGGGCGCCGACGCUGCCUAUGUCUUUGAGGACCCCUUCAGCAUCCACGACCUGAAGGCCAAUGUGGAGCACAUGACAGAGAAGAUGAAGACUGAGAUCCAGAGGGGACUGGUGCUGCGGAACGAGAGGUGCCACGAUCACUACACCACGGAUUUCCUGUACAGCCUCUACUCCUCCGAGGGAAAGGGCGUGUUCGACUGCAGGACCAACGUGCUGGGCCACCUGCAGCAGGGUGGGGCUCCCACCCCCUUUGACCGCAACUAUGGCACCAAGCUGGGCGUGAAGGCCGUGCUCUGGAUGUCCGAGAAGCUGCAGGCCUUCUACCGCAAUGGACGUGUUUUCGCCAACUCCCCGGACUCGGCCGUGGUCAUUGGCCUGCGGAAGAAGGUCGUGGCCUUCAGCCCGGUGACGGAGCUCAAGAAGGAAACGGACUUCGAGCACCGCAUGCCGCGGCAGCAGUGGUGGCUGAGCCUGCGGCUGCUGCUGAAAAUGCUGGCCCACUACCGCGUGAGCAUGGCCGACUACGUGUCCGGCGAGCUGGAGCACGUCACACGCCGCAGCCUCAGUGUGGACACGGGCUUCUGAGCCGUGGUGGGGUGCCUCCAAGCUGGGCCCGCCUCCCCGAGUCUCUCUCCAGGCGGCCAGUCCCUCAGUGCCGGGGGCGGGUGGGGGCGGUCCCGAUCUCCCUGUGGUCCUGCUCCUGUGACUGGACAGAGCCUUUUCUAGAAUGAAACCCUCAGCCUUGG